AUGCCGCAUCCACUCCUCUCAUCUCCGCUAGCUUCUCAAUUCACCAUAUACAUACAUCCAUCCAUGUACGUACAAAUUGAUAUCAUUCGCCUCAUACUUUUGAAGUUGAAGGUAGAAGCUCUCAUCCGAUGUCAAUGCGUAUGCAAAGAAUGGCGUUCUACGAUACAACACCCUAAUUUCAAGCUCUCCUACCGUGGAGAAAGGCGAGUGCUGGGGGCCAAGGUGUCCACCAACACCUUAACCUUUACAUCCAUAACCAACAGUGGUUUCGACAUUGAAACCCUAGUCCAGGUCAAUCGCUCCUUCCUUGACACGUUUCCCCCACUAUAUCGCUGGUGGUCUGGUGUUUGGUGCUCAUGCAACGGGCUGGUGCUUUUCUCUGCGGGAAAAUAUAUUUUGUUGUGGAACCCCUCCACUCAUUGCUGCACAAAAGUGCUUGAGUUUCGUCGUUGUUUGGGCAACCCAUUGAUCCCUGGCCACAAUAUUGUCUCGGGGCUAUGUUACGUCUCGUCCACGAGAGAUUACAAGGCUGUUCUGGUGUUCCGUAAUCGCCCUGCCCUCGUUGCCAGCCUCAAGAACAAAGAGUGGCGAAAUGUGCCAUUUCCUUACCGCCUAUCCGCUGGAGACGGUGUUAACUUUCGCAACACACCCCAUUGGUGUGCAAUUGUUUCUAGGGUUUCCAGUUCGUCAUGGAGAUGUGAUCAAAAGAUCAUUUAUUUUGAGGCGGAGAGCGAUGAAUUCAAAGAGCUUCCCACCCCUGAACUGCAAGGAGGGAAAGGUGAAGAUCUUGGCCUUGGCCUGGGAAUCAUUGAUGGUUGUCUCUGUUUAUGCAUGGCUAGAGAGGCUAUAGGAAUAAGAGAAGAGAAACUAGACGUGUGGGUUAUGAAGGAAUAUGGAGUGAAGGAAUCGUGGGUCAAUCAAUUUGUCAUCUCUGUCACCGCCUCUCGCUUUUUCCGUCUUAAUUAUAGUACCAUCACUAAAUUAUACUCUUCCAAAUGCAAUACCAAAGUGCUGAUAUGCAGUUGUUACUAUGGUUACUGGGAAAUAUUUGUUUUUGAUGUGAAGAAUAACACACUCCACAUUUUUGAUGUGAAGAAUAACACACUGGACAAUUUUGAUAUCUCAGAAGAAUUAAAAUAUGAUCGUGGUGCUAUAUGUUCCUAUGUUCAGAGUAUUGUUUCGCCACAUGAAUUUAUCUGGACAGAUGAUCAACACAAAGCCUCCGAGAAUGAUGCUGUGUUGAGGUUUAUUUUGAAAAUGUUUAAUAUCUAA